AUGGCUAUUGCUUUCUUUACUCCUGGGUUCGGAGCCCUAGGUGGUGCCCUGAUAGGAGGCUCUGCCGCCAUCUUGCUUCUCUUUUGUGGAGAAAUUUUGGGAGCCAGUGGUCUCGUCUCUUCCACCGGUCUCUAUCCACGAAAGGCGCUCACUGACCCUGGUGUCGCCUGGAAGCUGUUUCUAAUCUCCAUUUUUAUGGUCGUUUCCAAUACUAUUUUGGCAGAUCACUUCACAACAGAUGAACGUUACUUCAAUGAUCCAAGCAUACCCAUAAUCAGCAUGGCAGGCUAUCUAGUUGGUGGUUUCUUUGUUGGUUUCGGUACUCGAUUGGGAAACGGAUGUACCACUGGACACGGUAUCUGUGGUAUGGCCCGUCUGAGCAAGCGAUCCUUUUCGGCAGUGGCUACCUUCAUGGCAUCUGCUGUUGCCACUGCAAACUUGGUAGCUCCCGACAACUCUGUUUUUGCCAAGUACACUUCCUUUUUGCGUACCGAUAAACCCUUCGAACUUUUCAACCGAUGGAUCGGGGUAGGAGUGGUUGCUCCCAUUGUUUUGGCUUCAGGAUACGCCUUGUACAACCUGCGAAAGUCGUAUCUAGUCAUCAAAGCUAGUGAAGAGAAAAGCACAACAAUUGACGAAGAGACUGUAUUGCCUGCAGCAGGCAGCAGCUACCAAACAUCGGGAGACUCGUUGGAAGUCGAGCCCAAGAGUAAGAUGCCAAACCGAAACGAACGCAUGAACAUCAUGGACGGAGUAAGCAAGCUGAAGCCUGCAGCCGUGGCAGGUGUUACCUUUUCAACCGGUCUUGCCUUGAGUGGAAUGGUCAAGCCCUCCAAGAUUAUCGGUUUCCUAAACCUGUUUCUAAUUGAAAAGGGAACUUGGGAUCCAACCCUCAUUAUGGUCAUGGCUGGUGGGUCCAUUGUCAGCUGGAUCUCGUACCAAUUUGUUUCUGGGCACGGAGUAAUCCAAAACAGCUACGCCAUGGAAUGCCCUCGCAGAUCCAGUGGCUUUUCGAUUCCCACCAACAAGAAUAUCGACUCUCAACUGAUAGUUGGUUCUGCGUGCUUUGGAAUUGGCUGGGGAGUUGCUGGGUUGUGUCCAGGCCCUGCCAUGUUCUUGGCUGCCAGUGGCACAGUACCAAUCCUUGCCUUUUGGUGGCCAACUUUCUUCGUUGGAGCUUAUCUUGCACAGCAGAUUAAGGACCGAUCAUAG